AUGCUCACCUCCGCAAUCUUCUUCGCCGGCCUCUGCGCGCUCGUCGCUGCUCAAGAUGGUACCAGCACAAUGCCAAGUGCAGCUGAGCAGUCCAGCAUCAACGCUGCUGCGUACGAUGCAGCAACAUCAGCCAUGGCAGCACAAAGUGCCCUUAUCGCCUCGGCCGAAGCCAGCGUCAUCAGAGCUCAGUCGCUAGCUUCCGCCGGCAUCGCCUCCAUUAGCAGCGUGAUGGCCACUGCCACGGGUGAUGUCCACAGCUCCCUCAUGGCGGACUUUACUUCAGCAACUGGUGCCGCGGGAUCCUUCAACUCGAUGCUCAGCUCCGCGACUAGCUCCGCCGCAUCUGCGGCUUCUUCUGCCAGAGCGUCCCUGUCGUCUUCAGCUUCGUCAGCAAGCUCGGAAGCUGCCGCCCCGACUGCGAAGCCGAUGUAUGCUGGAGCUGCUCUUGGUGCCGUGGGCAUUGCGGUGGCCGGGCUCUUGUAA